UGAAGGGGCGGGGCUGUAGGCUGCGCGCAGCGCGCUGUCCCAGGUCGGAAACCAGUGCCCCAGGCAGCGAGGAGCGCGGCGCCGGGAUGCUGCGGGCGGGAGGACCAACCGGGGACUUACCCCGGGCCGGAGAAGUCCACACUGGGACAACCAUCAUGGCAGUAGAGUUUGAUGGGGGCGUUGUGGUGGGUUCUGAUUCCCGGGUGUCUGCGGGAGAGGCAGUGGUGAACCGAGUGUUUGACAAGCUGUCCCCCCUGCACCAACGUAUCUACUGUGCCCUCUCUGGUUCAGCUGCUGACGCCCAGGCUGUGGCCGACAUGGCCGCCUACCAGCUGGAGCUCCAUGGGAUGGAACUGGAAGAACCUCCGCUUGUUCUGGCUGCUGCCAACGUGGUGAGGAAUAUCACCUACAAAUAUCGGGAGGAUCUGUCUGCACAUCUCAUGGUAGCUGGCUGGGACCAACGUGAAGGGGGCCAGGUAUACGGAACCCUGGGAGGAAUGCUGACUCGACAGCCCUUUGCCAUUGGUGGCUCUGGCAGCACCUAUAUCUACGGUUAUGUGGACGCAGCAUAUAAACCAGGCAUGUCCCCUGAGGAGUGCAGGCGCUUCACCACGGAUGCUAUCGCUCUGGCCAUGAGCCGGGAUGGCUCUAGUGGGGGUGUCAUCUACUUGGUCACUAUUACAGCUGCUGGUGUGGACCAUCGAGUAAUCUUGGGCAAUGAGCUGCCGAAAUUCUAUGACGAGUGAAUCUUCUUCAAACUUCCCUCCCUUAUUUUAUAAUAAACUUUCUGGGAACAGAA